GCGCGAUUCAGAAUUGGUUUUGCCCCUGCGGCGCGGCUGUUUGGAGAAGUUUGAAAAAUGAAGUUUCCGACGGUACUAGCCGUCAUCGCGGCGACCGCCUUCAGUCUGGUGGCAGCCGACUACAACACCAUCAAAGUCGCCGACAAGGAGUUCCUUCUUAAACAGAAGAAAAUCUACAAUCUUUUUUACUAUGUUUCGCAACCCUCUCUGGUGAAUCCUUCGUUAUACGAGGAAGGUCGCUCGUACAACAUCGAAGCCAACAUAGACUCGUACACUAAUACGAGCGCGGUGAAGAACUUUCUCUAUCUAUACGAGUAUGGCAUGCUUCCUCGUGGCGAGCUCACCUCCCUGUAUUAUCCAAAACUCCGGAAGGAAACAGAGGCGCUAUUUCGCUUGUUCUAUUACGCCAAAGAUUUUGACACCUUUUACAAAACGGCACUAUGGGCGCGCAUUUACGUGAACGAGAUGCAGUUUGGCGAAGCCCUGUAUACCGCGGUUAUACUCCGCGACGAUACCAAAUUCAUUCAGCUGCCGUUACCUUAUGAGAUAUAUCCAUAUGGAUUUUUCAAUUCAGAAGUACUCGAGAAAACGCAUCAUGCGAAACACUUUGGUAAACUUGACUCGAAGAAGUUCGAUGGCUACAACGUCUACAUCAUUCCCGCAAAUUAUUCUGGAUGGUACAUCCAGCGCGAGUACGAUCUAGACCACAAGAUCAAUUACUUUACCGAGGAUAUUGGCCUGAACGCUUACUACUUUUACCUGCGGCAAGACUAUCCGUUCUGGCUAAAGGGAGAAGAAUUCGGCAUGCCGAAGAAUCGCGGCAUGGAUUAUCUCUAUAAUCACAAACAGUUGCUGUCGCGUUAUUACCUGGAACGACUAUCCAACGACAUUGGUAAAAUUGAAGAUUUCGAUUGGCACAACGAGUUCUACAUCGGAUACUAUCCAACGAUGACGUAUCACAAUGGAUUACCGAUGCCACAGAGACCGUAUUGGAGCAAAUUCCCCUACUACAAGUACAAAUAUAUUAAGGACAUAGAAGAGAUGGAGUCUCGAGUAUCGGCGUCCAUCGAUUCCGGAUUUGUCAUGGAUGCAACUGGCAAAAUGAUCAACAUUUACACCCCCGAGGGUCUCAACAUCCUUGGUAACAUUAUCGAGGGCAACAUGGAUUCGUGCAAUCCCGACUUUUACGGCAGUAUCGAUUUCUUCGCAAGAAAGAUCUUUGGAUUCAACUUGGAGCCGUCAACGUCCUAUCAAAUCAUACCUAGUGCUCUUGAGUUAUACAGCACGUCCAUGAGAGAUCCUGCAUUUUAUCGUUUCUACAAAAGAAUAUUAUUCUACUAUUACAGGUACAAAAUGCAUCAGAGAGCAUACAACAAGAACGAAAUCAUCUAUCCCGAACUGAAGAUCGAGUCUUUCGUCGUGGAUAAAUUAAUUACUUAUUUCGAUCAAUUCGACACCUCGAUCAACAACUGGAAUGGUUUGAUGAGUGACGCGAAGGAGGCUGAGAAUACAUUGGUCAAAAUUCGUCAAUAUCGUCUCAAUCACAAACCAUUCAGUUUCCAUCUCGCUAUCAACGCCGCCAAAUCUAUGAAAGCCGUCAUACGUAUUUUCCUCGGACCAAAAUAUGACAUUCAUCACAAACCGGUGGAAUUCGCUGAAUACGCAAAAUACUUUUAUGAAAUGGACAACUGGAUAGUCGAUCUGAAUGCCGGAACGAACAAGAUUGUCCGAAACAGUAAAGAUUGUUUCUUCGCCAUACCCGAUCCGGAACCGAGCGAGAUAUCGUACAACAAGUUACUCAAAGCCUUCGACGGUUCCGAGUCCUUCUCGUAUGCGGAAAGAAUCUACGGUUUUCCCGAGCGUCUGCUCUUGCCUAAGGGCAAGAAAGAGGGUAUGUCCUUCCAGAUUUUCGUAUACGUCAACCCACUCGAAGGAGAAGCGAUCCCAUAUCUGUCCCGCGUCUUUGGUGGCUACAAAUUCGAUAACAAGCCCUACGGAUUCCCCUUGGAUAGGCCUGUUUACAAUUUCCGCUACAAUGGAUCGAACAUGAUGUUGAAAGACAUUGUCAUCUAUCAUAAGGAUGAAACUGAGCUAAAUGUCACCUAUUGAUCGUUAUUUGCGUUAAAUCUGUUAACUUACUUCACUUGAUAUUCCAAACGUUCAUUCUAAAUAAAGUACAUAUAUAUAUAUAUAUAUAUAUAUAUAUAUAUAUAUAUAUAUAUAUACACCUAUAUAUGUUUUGUAUAAUA